CAGCUCAUGUUCACGUUCAGACGACAACCCGAGAGAACUGUUUGCAAGAUCGAACAAGAAUUGCACGAUGAAGAUCUGCGUGGCCACCAUUCUGUCAAUCGCCCUCCUUCUGGGUAACUCUGUCAAGCUCCGAGCUUCCGUUACUGGGCCGGUUCCCUCGGACGGUGAUGGUCCUGCGUCUCAGGUGUGUCAGCAGUGCUGCCAGGGACCUGCUGCAAUACCCGGCAUACCAGGUCUUCCUGGACCAGGAGGACCGAUGGGGCCGUACGGUCAGCCGGGGUCAAAGGGCGAUGCAGGUCAGCAAGGUGAGAUUGGCCCUAUUGGACCUAUAGGUGAGCAGGGAGCACCUGGGAACACUGGGUCUAAAGGUAAUGGUGGGAUUGGUCUGCCCGGCAAGAUAGGUGUGCCGGGCAUCUACGUAUUUACUUUUUCUGUUCUUAAGCAUAGUAACAGCGGUCACCUUGUCAUCCAUCUUGUUAAAAACAACCACAAGGUGAUUACCACCUAUGGUGAAUCAAAUCAACGAGGUCAGUUGUCUGGUAGCGCGGUGCUGGUCCUGCAGCGAGGAGACACGGUGUAUCUUACCGUGUACGAUAACUUUGAAAAGUACCAAGGAAUCUUGAAUUCAUUCCGCACCGUAACCGAGAGCCAACGUAGUUCCUGA